UAUGCGUUAAAAAGCCUCGCGCCCCUUUUUAAUAGAGCAGGAUACUCAAUGUAUUCUCUAAUGCUUCAAAACCAUAUCAUCAGAAGUUGCAUGCAUUGUUACUCUGGCUGCCUUGGGAGAGUCGUAACUUGGUUCGUCCCGCCGUUUACCUCAGUACAGGACUUAGGAAGCUCAAUGGGCGUUUGCGCUAUGCUUACUAACUCAUCGGCGACUACGUCGUGUUUUACCCCGCGGUCCCUUGGAGUAGACCUCAAUCCCAUCGAAGAAAUCUGCCAUUCUCCGAAGAAUCUCAAUCUAAGAGAGCCACAAUACUCCUUUGGAAGACAAAUAAGCGAUAAUGGCACUUGCCCCGAGAUUCACUGGACAGAAGUUGAUGCCUCUUGGAGGUCAUCAGCCACAACAUACGCUUGAACUGUAUCUCGACUACGUUUGCCCUUUCUCUGCGAAGCUAUUCAAGACCUUCUACACUGCGGCCAUACCCAUAAUCACCGAAAGGUAUCAGUCAUGCAUCCAGGUUAUCUUCCGCCAGCACAUUCAACCUUGGCAUCCGGCAUCGACGCUCACGCACGAAGCUGGUGCCGCGGUUCUCAAGACAGCCCCAGAAAAAUUCUGGAAGUUCAGUGCGGCCUUGUUCGAACACCAACAAGAAUUUUUCGAUCUGAACGUAGUGAAUGAAACACGCAACCAAACGUACGAAAAGCUUGCAAAAGUCGCAGAAAGUGUUGGCGUAGAUAAAAACGAUAUUUUGGAACUGUUGAUAGUCGCCGACCGACCUGGCGAGGAAGGACAAUUGAACGCCGGCAACAAGGUCACGAAUGAUAUCAAGUUAAUGAUCAAAGCAAGCCGAGUGGUCGGGGUUCAUGUUUCGCCAACAGCGUAUUUCAAUGGCAUUGAAGAACCGGGAAUCAGUAGUAGCUUCACUCCUACUCAAUGGGAGCAAUGGCUGGCCAAAAAUGCAAUUUGA